CAAUGGUCCAAAUUGUAUCUUUUCGUAGUCUUCCCUGUCACAACAACCUCCAAACAAACCUACAAAACUCUCCUCCUAAUUAUUUUAAAUGUUGACCCGUAGCUCUGUACGGUCGGCGCAGGUAUGUUGCUACCCCUCCCAACUGCCAAUGGCACAGUCACGAAGCUAACACCAGCUUUCUUAUCAGAGCCUUCUGCGAUCAGCCCAAGCUCCAUCGCGAUCCUUCGCAACCAUCCAGAGCGAUAUUUUUAAGCCCACAAAAUAUGGUGGAAAGUACACCGUGACUUUGAUUCCUGGAGACGGUAUCGGAGCCGAAGUUGCAGAGUCUGUCAAGACUGUUUUCAAGGCAGAUAAUGUACCAGUGGAGUGGGAGCAAAUCGACGUCUCGGGUCUACAAACCGGCAACAAAGUUACAGACGACCUGUUCCGAGAAUCGAUCGCCUCGCUGAAGAGAAACAAGUUGGGAUUGAAGGGUAUUCUGCACACACCUGUCGAGCGAUCGGGUCACCAAUCGUUCAACGUUGCACUUCGUCAAGAGCUGGACAUCUACGCUUCAGUAGUCUUGAUCAAGAACAUUCCAGGUUACAAGACUCGUCAUGAGAACGUUGAUCUGUGCAUUAUCCGUGAGAACACCGAGGGUGAAUAUUCUGGUCUUGAGCAUCAAUCAGUCUCUGGCGUUGUCGAGUCCCUAAAAAUUAUUACCCGCGCAAAGUCGGAGCGCAUCGCAAAGUUCGCAUUUGCUUUCGCCUUGGCUAACAACCGCAAGAAGGUCACUUGUAUCCACAAGGCCAACAUUAUGAAGCUGGCAGAUGGUCUUUUCCGAAACACCUUCAACACCGUUGCUAAGGACUACCCCACCUUGGAGACCAACGAUAUGAUUGUCGAUAACGCAUCCAUGCAAUGUGUCUCUCGACCACAACAGUUUGAUGUUAUGGUUAUGCCCAACUUGUACGGAGGAAUCUUGUCCAACGUUGGAGCUGCACUUGUUGGUGGUCCAGGUGUUGUUCCUGGUUGCAACAUGGGUCGGGAAGUUGCUGUCUUCGAGCCUGGAUGCCGUCACGUAGGUCUGGAUAUCAAGGGCAAGGACCAAGCCAACCCCACUGCUAUGCUUCUCUCCGGUUCCAUGCUUCUGAGACAUCUUGGAUUGGACGAGCAUGCCAACAGAAUUUCCAAGGCUGUGUACGAUGUGAUUGCUGAGGGGUAAGAACCAUUCUCGAUAUUUCAUAUAUGCAAUAUGCAACAAUGCUGACAUCACACUAGAACUGUUCGAACUGCUGAUAUGGGAGGUGCUAGCAGCACAAACCAAUUCACAAGAGCGAUAUUGGACAAGAUGGAGCUUGCAGGUUAAGUGGAGAAAUGCGAAUUGUAUUAAGGGCAAUAGAGGUCAAUUAGAC